AACAAAGUAUCAUAGAUGGGUUCUGGUCUCAUGUAUCUCUAUUUCUUCAACAGCAUGCUGGCAGAUAAACUGAACAUGACGCCCGAGGACGCUGAGAGAUGGAUCGUCAAUCUUAUCCGCAACGCCAGGCUGGAUGCGAAGAUAGACUCCAAACUGGGCCAUGUGGUCAUGGGGAACAACGCCAUCUCACCUUACCAGCAGGUGAUUGAGAAGACCAAGAGCCUCUCGUUCCGCAGCCAAAUGUUGGCCGUGAACAUUGAGAAAAAGCAGGCCCAGAGCACCAAGACCGAGACACCCAACUGGGCAGGUACCGAAACUGGAUUUUAAGCGACACGGUGAAGAUGGAUCCAUCCUGUUUUACAUUGGAACUUUUUCCAAUCUUUGUAUCUCAUGAAGCACAGUGCUGACUUGUUUAAGUCAUCACCAAUUCAAUAAAAGUGACCAACAUAACCAUUUUCA